UAGGCAAGGAAUUAAUAGGAAAAGAGGUUCAUUACAAAAAAAGAAGUUAGCAUCCUGACAUAAAUUCCCGCGCUUUUUUGUUAUAUAUUAUCAUCAACCACGAUGGGCAUACCAACAGAAUUUGAAACCUUAGAGCAACAGUUUUUGGAGCUAAUUAGCGAAUUUCGGACUCUAACCAUAUCCGAGAGUCGGCUGCGUGGGUCGCUUCGUACCGAGGCGACUCGAGCCGAGGCUGCGGAGGCGGCGAGGGCGGCGGCCGAGCGAGCUGCGGCGGAGGCCCGCAACGGAGCCGCCGCCGCCACUGCCGCCGUCACCAAGGCAACCACAGCCCUCGCCAGCACUCAGGAACAUCUCACAGGACUUAAGAUACAUCUGGAUCUUACGGAGAGGCAGCGAAAGCUCUUAGAAGAUCGCUGUGGCGAAAUGUCAGCGCAGAUUGUCACCUUAGAGAGACAAGUACAGCAACUGAAGCCAGUGCAGUCAGCCCACCUGACUCUUCAACGACAAUAUACAGAUCUGCAGGAGCGUAUUUGUCAAGCAACUGAAGAGGCUCGCAGAGAAUCUACCCGUCUUGAGAGCGAACUUAGAAGAGUCGAAAAAUGUGCAGCUGCUGGCUCAGAAAUUCGGGAGAGAGCGCGACUUGCCGCUGCAGCGCAUGCACGUGAGAGACGCCUUGCAGCCGCUGAACUCCAACAUACUAGCAAGGAACUACUCGCUGCUAAUGCGGAAAUAACCAAACUCAAAGCCACCGUUUCCGAAUUGCAACUGCAUAUAUCAGAACUAAGUAACAAAAGGUCCUUCAAUAUCACUGUUGAUCCUGAUGUUGAGGCCCUUGCUGAAACAAGAGCAGCCUUAGAAGCUGAGCGAGCUGGUGCAUCGAAGCUUGAAAAAGCGCUGGCAGCAGCUUUAGCAGAUAAUGCGAGCUUAGCUGCUCGCUUGCACGUUGUAGAUAAUACUGACGGAGUUGAAAAAACUUCAACCGCGGUUGAAUCUGCUUCUACUAAUAUUUGUCCUAUCGAUUCAUUUCUAGCUGAAUAACAGGUUUUCCUUUAUGAAUUUCGAUUGUUUUAUUAAAUGGUCGCUGUUUUGAAAUUAUAUG